CACAGGAGCUCAGACAGCGGCGCCAAAGCACGGUUCUGCGAUGGAGAGUCCCGUGUAACUCACGUGCGUGUGUGUGUGAGUGAGUGAGUGAGUGUGUGCGUGUGUGAAUGUGUGUGUGAGUGACCCACCAGGCUUAACAGAAGAAGGAGAAGAUGGGGAGAGCAUGGAACUUUGGGUUCUAAGUGAUGUUCUAAGUGAUGUUCUGUGCAGUGAGACUGGAGCUGGACUGGUUCUAUGGUUCCGCUUUGCGACGGCUCUCCGGUUCUCUGCUGAAUGUUUGCUCUGCUCUGGAGUUCUUUAGCCUGUUGGUCUUACACUGGGCGCAGGAUGACCACCUCCUUACAGAGGCAGUAGGGGUGUGAGAUGGGUGUGGUGAGACAGGGCUACUUGAGCGCCUCCCUGUGGCCUCCUCCGUCGCUGCUGCUGCUGCUGUUGCUCGGCAACGCCCCCCUGUGCCGGGGGCGGCCCUUCGGCUCGGCGCACGAUCCCGCGGUCAACGUGGCGGUGGUCUUCAGCGGCUCGGCCUACCAGACGGAGAUCAAGGGUCGGCUGAGCCGCGAGAACUUCCUGGACCUGCCCCUGGAGGUCAACCCCAUCACGGUGCUGGUCAACGACACCAACCCACGGGCCCUGCUCACGCGCGUCUGCGACACGCUCGCCGCCAACCGCGUCCACGGCGUCGUCUUCGAGGACAACAUCGGCUCCGAGGCCGUCGCCCAGAUACUGGACUUCAUCUCCACACAGACGGCCGUGCCUAUCGUAGGCAUCAGUGGAGGCUCAGCGGUCGUGCUGCCGCACAAGGGCGACGGCUCCACCUUCCUCCAGCUGGGCUCGUCCAUCGAGCAGCAGGUGAACGGAAUGUUCAAGGUGAUGGAGGAGUACAACUGGGACAGCUUCGCCGUGGUAACCAGCCUGUACCCCGGCUACGACACCUUCGUGGACUACAUCCGCUCCUUCACCGACACCUCCUACUUCCUGUGGGAGCUGCAGGACUCGCUGAGCUUCGACAUGUCGGCCGACGGCAUGAAUGACCUGCGCGCGCGCCGGCUACUGCAGCAGGUUGACGCGCAGGUGCUGCUGGUCUACUGCUCGCACGACGAGGCGCAGUACCUGUUCCGCGUGGCGCGCCAGGUGGGCCUCAUCGGGCCCGGCUACAUCUGGUUCCUGCCCAGCGUCGCCGUGGGCAACCCCAACGUCCAGCCUGCCGACAGCUUCCCCGUGGGCGUCAUCUCGGUCAUCUCGGACCGCUGGAAGAUGAGCCUGCGCAGCCGUGUGCGCGAUGGCGUUGCCAUCGUGGUCAAGGGCGUCCAGAGCUUCCGCAAGCAGUGGGGGGUCGUGCCCGAGGGACACAACGACUGCUACACGCCGGUCAGGCCACCCGCCAACGACACACUCUUCAGACACAUGUUGAAUGUGACGUGGGAGUACACAGACUUCUCCUUCAACAGCGAUGGCUACCUGGUCAACCCCUCCAUGAUCGUCAUAACCCUUGACCGCGAGAGACAGUGGGACAAGGUGGGGCGUUAUGAGUCGGGUAUUCUGCAGAUGCGGUACCCUGUGUGGCCGCGCUACGGGACGUACCUGGAGCAGGUGUCCGAUAACCGCCACCUCACCGUCGCCACCCUCGAGGAGCGGCCCUUCGUCAUCGUGGAGGCGGUCGACGCGGCAACCGGGACCUGCCUUAGCAACACAGUGCCGUGCCGUCGGCAGUCCAAUAAGACGGAAGCUAUCGUUGGUCACUCGGAGCCCUACACUAAGCUGUGCUGUAAGGGUUUCUGCAUCGACAUCCUGAAGAAGUUGUCCCGCAACAUCAAGUUCUCCUACGACCUCUACCUGGUCACCAACGGGAAGCAUGGGAAGCUGGUGCGCGGGGUGUGGAACGGCAUGAUCGGAGAGGUGGUGUAUAAGAAGGCGGACAUGGCCAUUGGUUCUUUGACCAUAAAUGAGGAACGUUCCGAGAUCAUCGACUUCUCCGUUCCCUUCGUGGAGACGGGCAUCAGCGUCAUGGUCGCCAGGAGCAACGGAACUGUCUCUCCCUCUGCCUUUCUAGAGCCCUACAGUCCAGCGGUGUGGGUGAUGAUGUUUGUCAUGUGCCUGACCGUGGUGGCCAUCACCGUCUUUGUCUUCGAGUACUUCAGUCCAGUGGGCUACAACCGCAGCCUCAUCAGUGCCAAAGAUCCGGGCGGUCCUACCUUCACCAUCGGGAAGUCUGUGUGGCUCCUGUGGGGGAUCGUGUUCAAUAACUCGGUUCCUAUCGAGAACCCCAAAGGAACCACCAGUAAGAUCAUGGUUCUGGUGUGGGCCUUCUUCGCCGUCAUCUUCCUGGCCAGCUACACCGCCAACCUGGCCGCCUUUAUGAUCCAGGAGCAGUACAUUGAUACGGUGUCAGGGCUCAGCGACAAGAAGUUCCAGAAGCCUCAGGAGCAGUACCCGCCCUUCCGCUUCGGCACGGUGCCCAAUGGGAGCACCGAGAGGAACAUCCGCAGCAACUACCCCGAGAUGCACGCACACAUGGUCAAGUACAACCAGAAGGGCGUCGAGGACGCACUCAACAGUCUCAAAACAGGGAAGCUGGACGCGUUCAUCUACGACGCGGCGGUGCUGAACUACAUGGCGGGCAAGGACGAGGGCUGCAAGCUGGUGACCAUCGGCUCGGGGAAGGUGUUCGCCACCACGGGCUACGGCAUCGCCCUCCAGAAGGACUCGCGGUGGAAGCGGCCCAUCGACCUGGCGCUGCUGCAGUUCCUCGCCGACGGAGACACGCAGAAGCUGCAGACGGUCUGGCUGACGGGCAUCUGCCGUAACGAGAAGAAGGAGGUGAUGAGCUCCAAGCUGGACAUCGACAACAUGGCCGGCGUGUUCUACAUGCUGCUGGUUGCCAUGGGGCUGAGCCUGCUGGUCUUCUCCUGGGAACACCUGCUCUACUGGAAGCUCCGCCACUCCGUCAGGAAGUCUGAGAGGCUGGACUGCCUGCUCGCCAUCAGCAGGGGCAUCUACAGCUGCUUUAACGGGGUGGAGGACACGGAUCAUUCCGGAAGCCUGCAGAGCCCUGACGUGACGACCAACUACGCGCAGGCCAACAUGCUGAAGAUGCUGCGCACCGCCAAGGACAUUGUGUCCACCGCCCGCGUGGACAACUCCAUCGACACCGCCACCAAGACCAUCGAGAGCUGGGGUCGGCGUGGCGAUGGGGUCGGGGGGCCCUGUCUGCCCCAGCGCGACCUGGUCCACGGCCGGCUACCCUACGUGUCCAGCAUCAGCGAGCAUCCCCUGGGCUACCAGCAGAGGGCGCUCACCACGGCCACCUUCCCACAGCACUACGGCGACGCCUCCGGCCAGCCCCUGCUGGACACAGGGGCCCGUGGGGGGGGGGUCGGCAGCGUGGUGGGCGGGGCUCCUCGGCCCACGCCGCUCCGCUACACGCUCCCGGCGCGCGGCUCCGGUCACUGGUUUGAGCGCACGCUGCCCAUCUCCAGCCUGAGCAGUCCGCACCUGGCCAUGCAGGACCCUCCCUCGCCAACCUCGGCGGCCGCUCACGCCCACGGCCACGCCUCCCACGCCUCCGGCCCCGCCCGCUUCUACGUGGGCACGCCCCCGCUGCCCCCCCGACACGCCUCGUCCACCUUCCCCUUCCUGCGCUACCGCGAGGCGUCUGCGCCGGACCUCUACGUCCAGCAGCAGCAGGCGGACGCGGUGCAGGCUGAGGCCAGCAGGGGGCGGCAGUCGUCUCGCGCGGCUGACCUCGUCGCCCCCGUCGCUGGACGCAAGAAGCGCUCGCACAGCUACGUGCUGGGAGGCUCCUCCCCCGACGGCGCCCGUCGCCGUUGCCGCGACGACUACGACGAGCCCACUUCCUGCCUGGCGGAGCUGCGGGCCAAUCAGCUGCUGGACGCCGGCGGCUACAGCACCCCCUGUGGCGGCGUCCACUACAGCCCCCGCGGCGGCGACCUCGGCGCGUCCAGUUGCGGAGCGUGCGUUGUGCGGGCGUACGGCGGCGGCGAUCUGGGCGGCAGCGGCGAGCUGGACGACGUCCCUCUGCUGGGCAAGGAGCGCGUGAACCGUCGAGCGUCCUUCCUCCGCGCCACCUGGGGCAACGACCGCAUCCGACAGGUGGACGAGAAAAGCCCGUCCGCCCACGCUCACGCUCACGCUCACGCCCACGGUCACUCUGGUCCAGCCGCCCGGGACGUCCCUGACCUCUUCCCCCGCGUGGUGAUGUCGUCCGGCUCUGGCCCCAAGCCCACGCGUCUCUACGGCAGCACGGGGAACGCGCUGUGCUACCCGGUGUCCGUGGAGCGGGCGGCGUACCUGGACCCUGCGCACAUGGCGUCCUUCCCGUACCGGCCGGCCAAGCUCAAGUACUCGCAGUCCACGCGUCUGCCCUCGUACCGCGAGGCCCUGCUGCAGAACCCUGGCGUCGGGCCCGCGUCCGUCUCCACGGCGACCGCGCUGCGCCGGUCAUCGUCCACCGUGGUGCACAGACACUACUCCACCUACCUGAACGCCUACGACAUGCCCAUCUACCUGCCGCACACACACACACACACACACUCGCCUCUCUACCCAGCCAGCGCCGCCGCGAGGCCCUGCCAGCUCUACCCCUGCCACACACACACACACACACACACGCACUGCCACGAAGACCCCACGCUCGUCCCCCACCUGGCCAACCGCCAGCUGGUCUUCCAGAACAAUCUGUGCGCCGGGUCAGCGGGCGGAGGAGGCGGGGGAGCAAGGGCCGUCGCCGGGGGUUACGGCCGGGAGGAUGCGGGGUUGCCCGGCAGCGGCGGCCGGGAGAGGAGGCAGGUGCUGGUUGCUAGGAGACUGAACAGCCCCUUCGUGCCAAAGCCUUGGGGGCGGUGCUCCAGCCUGGAGUCCGAGGUGUGAGACCGGACCGAGACGGACAUAGAGACCAAGAGACUGGACUUCUCAACACUUCUUACAGAGAGAGAGAGAGAGAGAGAGAGAGAGA